GUGAAUGAAAGCUGCUGAAUCAACUUGGACGAUGAAUUCCACCAUUUUGUGGUUUGUUUUGUUGUUUUGUGGCUUGACAUUGGCCCAGGAUGAUGUUAAAACUACUGAAAUAGAAAAACCUGGUAAAGCAGCAUCAUGUCAUCCUGACAUGUGUGAUCUCUUGAUAGAGUUUGGUGCUAUGACAGAAAAACUCAGAGCUGUAGAAGCUAGGCUGAGGGACAGCGAAACCAGGCUGAAAGACAGCGAAACCAGGUUGAAGGACAGCGAAAACCAAAUUCGGGAACUGAAAAACAAAGAAAGAACCAAGGUGAUAUUCAGUGCAGCAACAGGAGGAGGAGACAGAAUCAUUGGACCCUUCAACACAGACACAACUUUAAUCUACAGAACAGUGAUAACAAACAUUGGUAAUGCCUACAGUCCAUACACAGGUAUCUUCACUGCACCUGUUGCAGGUGUUUAUUAUUUUACCAUCUUCUAUCAUGCUAAUGGACACCGUCCGGGAAUGCUGUUACUGUACAAGAACAAUCAAGUGAUGGUCAUGACAGACGAUCACCAGUGUGGCUACGACACAGCUGAUAAUGGUGGAAACGCAGCGUUCCUGCAGCUGCAGCCAGGAGACCAGGUGUACGUGCUCAUGCGCGCAAAUACACAUGUUUAUGGGUCCGACGUCCAUACAACUUUUAGUGGCUCUUUGGUCACUCAGAUGUGAGAAAUGUUGUAUAUAUCUGUUCAUUCCUGUUUGAAUAUGGAUUUUAAAAUCUGAGAUCACAACAUAAAUACAUCUAUUAUUGUUGUAUUUUAAAAUCUGAUGAAACAGAGGACCGUUGAUCAUAGAAUAAAAGUCUGAGAAUUCCAUAAGUCUUCUUUAUUUGUUGCUUCAUUCAGUUCUGUACAAUUGCAACUGCAAAAUUGCCUGUUUGGAAAGUAAAAAAAAAGACAGUACUACUGCCUCCAACAUAUUGUUUGGUUGUAGGUGUUCAGACUGCUGGUGUUUAGUCUGCUUAUGUCUCUGUUUGUGUGGACUGUGUCAGUUUUAUCACCAUGUUUUCGUUGUUUUAUGUUUUUAAUGAUAUAAUUGAUUGUUACCAUGGAGAUAAUAAAGUUGAAUUACGAUCUUGA